AUGAAGAAGAAGCACGGCUACGAGCGGCAGAAGCGCGCGUCCUUCGCGGGCCUCACGACGAAGUCGAGCAAGCUCCUGCGCACGGCGCCCGUGGAGCACAAGGAGAACGCGCCCCCCUUGCUCGUCUGGCACCGGCUGAACCUGAGCUACGGCCCGUCCGCGCCCGUCAUCGUCAACUGCAGCGGCGCCGUGGACCGGGGCAACUUCGUGGCGGUCCUGGGCCCGAGCGGCUCGGGCAAGACGUCGCUCAUCGACCUCCUCUCGUCGCGGAAGACGACGGGCUACUUCACGGGCGUCCUCCGGCUCGAUGGCCUGCCGUUCACGCAGUCGCGCGUGCGCCACAGCAGCGCCUACAUCCCGACGAUCCAGGCCUUCCCCGCGCUCCUCACGGUGCUCGAGACGCUCACCUUCGUCGCGCGGCUCCGGUGCCCGCGGUCCGUGUCCGACGCCGAGGUCGCGGAGAACUCGACGGAUCUCCUCGACGAGUUCGGCCUCGCGUCCAAGGCUUCGGAGUACGUCGGCGGCACGCUCGCGAGCGGCCAGGUCGUCAAGGGCCUGAGCGACGGGCAGAAGCGCCGCCUGGCCAUCGCGCGCGGCGUCAUCUCGCGGCCGUCCGUCGUCUUCGCCGACGAGCCGACGCGGGGUCUGGACGCGGGCGCGACGCUGAGCGUCAUGAAGCUCCUGGGCGACCUCGCGCGGACGGCGAACAUCGGCGUGCUCUGCACGAUCCACCAGCCCCACCAGACCAUCUGGAAGAUGUUCGACCGGGUCUACUUCCUCUCCGCGGGCUACGUCAUGUACGACGGCCCGGCGGCCGACGCCGUGCCGUGGUUCGGCGGUUUGGGGUAUUUC